CAUCCUUAUAUGGUGGAAACAAAACUCUUGUAGAUACCCUAUUUUAUCAAAAAUGGUGAAGGAUGUUUUAGCUAGUCCAGUAUCCACUGUCGCUUCUGAAAGCACGUUUAGUACCGGGGGCAGAGUUCUAGACACAUAUAGAAGUUCACUAACCCCUGAAAUGGCAGAGGCUUUGAUUUGUGCACAGGACUGGUUGAAACCUACACUUAGUCAAUUCAAGGACUUGAAUAUAAAUGAAGAAUUUGAGUUGUCUGCCACUAUUGUUUCAGAAUUUGGUGGUCCCUCUACUAGUGGAUCAACAUCUGGUGAUGGAUCUGAUGCUGUUGGAAACGGAAAUGAACCAGUUGCUGGUUCAUCUCAAUCACAUACUUGAUGAUGUUUGUUUUUUGGAGUCAUCUGUGAAAAUGACCUUAUUUUGGGCUACUGAUUAUUAUGGAUAAUCAGCUUAUCUAUCAGCUAAUAUCCUCAACAGUUCUUUUUUUG